GGCCGAUUCCCCUCCGCAACCAUGAACAAAGAAGCACCGCUCUCCAUCUCUGAGCGCGACUUCAUCGUCAAUGCUCUGCGCGAGCACGUGAGACUCGAUGGCCGCCAGGCCGACCAGUUCCGCCCCUUGAGCGUCUCCUUUGGCGAGGAGUACGGCCAUGUGAAGGUGCAGCUUGGCAAGACGAGUUUGAUCGUGCGCAUCUCGUCCGAAGUGUCAAAACCUCACGAUGACCGUCCCUUCGACGGCACCUUCGCCAUCGCCAUGGAGUUGACCGCCAUGGGCUCUCCGGCGUGGGAUAACGGCCGACAAGGAGAUCUCGAAACCUACGUCACGAAUGUCCUCGACCGAGUCAUCCGCCAUUCCAACGCCCUCGAUACCGAAUCGCUCUGCAUCCUCAAAGGUGUCAGCUGCUGGAGUGUCCGCGCCGACGUCCACAUCACCGACUACGACGGGAACCUGAUCGAUGCGGCCUGCAUCGGCGUGAUGGCCGGACUGCAGCAUUUCCGCCGUCCCGACGCGGUGGUCAAGGACGGACAGGUGAUCGUCUACGGCCUUGACGAACGGGUGCCGGUGCCGCUGAACAUUACACACAAGCCGCUCUCCGUUACGUUCCACACCUUCGACGAGGGCAAGGUGGUUAUUCUGGACGCUACGCGCAAGGAAGAACAGGCGUCGGAAGCGGACGUCAUCAUCGGUAUGAACGGCGCCGGGGACGUGUGUUUCCUGUCCAAGUUCUCAGGAUCGCCCGUGGAAGCGAUGGUGUUUGUCACCAAGACCAAUGUGGCGCUGGAGAAAGUCAAGGAGAUCAAUGCGACGGUCGACAAGGCUCUUCAGGCCGAUCUAGCGAGACGGGCCAAGCGUGGCAUGGCAGAGGAAUCCCGCGCAGAGAAUGAUCGAUGAACGGAAUUAUUAAAAUAAAUUACACCACACAAUCGAUGUAUGAUAACUAAAUAAUGCGCAAUGACCCCGAGUAGCCGUCCUUUGAUCAUAAAAGUGAAACUGAGGCUGGGAUGGAU